GCUGCCUCCCCUUUUCCCCACCUGUUUCACAACGGUCCUCCCCCUCCCCACCUCUCUCUCCAGACCCCGGCUGGGCGUCCAUCAACCGAGGUGUGUUGGUGUGCGAUGAAUGUUGUAGCGUCCAUCGUAGCUUGGGCCGGCAUAUUUCCAUUGUGAAGCACCUGCGACACAGCCCCUGGUCGGCCACCUUGCUACAGAUGGUGCACACCCUCGCCAGCAAUGGUGCCAACUCCAUCUGGGAACACUCCCUGCUCGAUCCAGCACAAGUGCAGAGCGGACGCCGUAAAGCGAAUCCUCAGGACAAAGUCCACCCCACCAAGUCGGAAUUCAUCCGUGCCAAAUACCAGAUGCUGGCCUUCGUACAUAAGCUGCCGUGUCGGGAUGACGACGGGGUCACUGCCAAGGAUCUCAGCAAGGCGACUGGUGGUCCUCGGAUGUUGCCGUAUCCUGAAAGUGGCACAAUGGCUGAAAAGGUUGAAAAGCCCUGA